GCUGGAGACAUAGAAUGCCAGUCGUCGACCUGAUGUCUUACAUCAUUCCCGCACAUUAAAACCGCGACGUCCGCUUGCCAUCGUCCUCUCUCUUUGUCUGCAGCUCACCGUUCCCAUCUUGAAGCUAGGACUAAAUAGCAACCGUCAAAGAGGAGCCAAGGACGCCGACGCGCCAACACUGGGACAAGCCAUCAUUCCCCUCAUACCGAGUAGUGGCCCAGCCUCUUGUCAACCUUGGAACACAUCAUUAUCAUUAGUCUUGCCAUCAUUGCAUAGCCAUUGCCGCGUAUAUCUACAGCAUUCCUUCCAACCCUACUUACAACGAACGCAUUACAACUCCGGGUCAUUAUUAUAUGCACAUCAGGCGCAAGAAACAAGACGCACACGCCACACCCGUCACCGUCCUCGUCGCAAAGAUGGCCAGAAUAUUCGCCAGGGUCAAGAAGGUCUUCUCCCGGCCCAAGAACCUCGAGCCGGCUUCGAGCAACGCUUCUUCGAUUGAUACCUCAUCCGCUGCCAGCCGUCGCCCCUCCACCGCAGCACCGUCAUACCACCACGCCGCAGCAGUGCAACCACCAGCUUACCGGUCUCCGCCCCACUUGCACGACGACGGCACAACCAGCACGUCGCCGGCCCCUACAACGUUCCAGCAGCAGGCGAGCCACAUAGCCCACUUCCAGGUCGGAGGCAUGAGGCGCACCAGAGACGGGUCAUCAUACCUGUCCUCAUACGAGUCUACGCAGACGUCGGGUGCAUCGUCCUCGGGCUGGACACGACCUUCGUACGCCUCGGCUGGCGCUACCACAAUGACUUCCCACGGACACGACAGUAACACGGCGCUCGACACGACCGAGAAGAAGCACAUGCACUACCCCAGCCACCGCCAGCAUGCCACGAGCACCUGGCAGGGCAAGCCGAACGGCACUGCUUACGACCGGCGAGAGGAAUUGACCGAGGAGGACGAGGACACAUGGGCCCGACUGAUGAUGUGAUGGGCCUUGGGGGCCCCUUCGACCAGCGAGCUUACAGAGAUUGAGGGGAAAUCGAUAUGCCCUCAGAAAAAGAGCCCCUCAGCACUUGACCAUGCGCCAAGCCACCAGUUGAUUUUGGGCCUCCCCCGAAUGCAGGCAGCUUGCUUUUUCCCCAGCCCCAGACGACGCGGAAACUGUCGGUUUUCGGCGUACAACGGGUGGCUGGCAUUUACUUAAUAGAUGCUACACAAUACCCACAAGGCUGUAAUGGCCCGUUGCCCCGAGUAAUUAAGUGCAUGUUGGGUCACGAUUCGGCUGCGCAUUCAUCCGAUUCUGUGGCCGGGGGUGUCACACUCGGCCAGAUCCUGUUCCUGAUCGCAUCAAAGCGACCCGAGGUUGGCCACGGACUGUGCCCUACAUCAGAGGCUUGAGAACCAGAAGUUUGUCCGUGUCUCGAGCUGACAAGGCCGAGUGCUCUGGCAAAGGACAGAAACACUACGGCCCCGAAAGGUCCAGAUGACCACAGUCAACUGAGGUCUCUCAUAUGGUUCACCUCGGAGUAAUGCUAUUAAUCUGAGUUAGAAGCCAUGGUGUAUCAUGGAGUCACACUGAAAUGCCACUUAAGAGGCUCUGUGGCUCGGCGCAACCAUACCAAGCUACCUAGGUAGAUCGGCC